AUGUUAUUAUAUGCAUUUUUUUUUCAUCCAAUGAAUGUAUUGGAUAGCGAUGAUCAUUGUUCGUAUCCAUAUGAUGAUACAUUUCGUCUGAUUGUUCUGAAUAUUGCGCCACCAAUUCGCUUCAUAUUAAUUUGCGUUAUACCAUCUAUUCUUAUGGUUGGCUGUGGUGGUCGAAUGCUUUAUAAUAUCCAACAGUCAAAAAAACGCGUUGUACACAAAACAACGACACAGAAUGCACCUAUCGCAACUAUUGGUAUUCGAAUAUUUAGUCAAAAUAACAGACAUGAUGAAAAUCAACGACAAACAAAAACUGUUAAUCGUAUGUUGGUUUUAAUGGUAUUAGCAAAUAUAAUAUCGUAUAUUGUAACGCAAAUACCAUUCAACAUUUAUGUUCUUUAUUAUGGUUAUGAGACAUCAAAUGAUUUUACAUUUUAUGCCUUAAUGCGAGCAUUUCUUCUCAUGUGGAGUUCAGCCUAUUUUGGCAUUGGUUUUUAUUUGUUUUGUAUAACUUCAGCACAAUUUCGGAAACAAUUUCAAACAAUAAUUAAAAAAUUAUGUAUUUGUUAUUAUCCUCUGCAACGCCGAGUAAAUACAUGA